GAUAUGGAAGAGGAAGUUGAGCAGAUGGUGCGACACCUUACCCGCCAUUCCACUCGUUUCUCCACCACCGGCGCGAAGAAUCCCUUCUUUGAGGAAGACAAGGAAUCAACAUGGCACCCGGAUAGUCCAUUUUUCAAGACGAAGGAUUGGAUCAGAUCUCUUUUGGCCGCACAGUCGCGUGAUCCAGAACGGUUCCGUCAGCGUAGUGCUGGCGUAGCAUUCAAAGACCUCCAUGUCCACGGUUUUGGCAGUCCAACUGAUUAUCAGAAAGAUGUGUUCAACUCGAUCCUGGGUGUGGGAGGUCUUGUGCGGCAGGCUAUGGGUAAUGGUCUUCAAAAGGUUCAAAUUUUGAAUGACUUCAACGGAAUGGUCAGGAGCGGUGAAAUGCUCCUGGUUUUAGGUCGUCCUGGAAGUGGUUGCUCGACGCUUCUCAAGACAAUUGCUGGUGAAAUGAAUGGAAUCUAUGUCCAUGAAAACAGUUACAUGAAUUACCAAGGUAUAUCUGCCAAAGACAUGCAAAAAAGGUUUCGCGGCGAGGCCAUAUUCAGCGCUGAAAACGACGUCCACUUCCCACAACUUUCAGUUGGAGACACUUUGACAUUCGCUGCUCAGGCGCGGGCCCCACGCACUCGGUUUCCCGGGUUGAGCCGCAAGGAAUAUGCAAACCAUGUUCGCGAUGUGGUCAUGACAAUGCUGGGAUUACGGCAUACCUUUAAUACACGAGUAGGCAAUGACUUCGUCCGAGGUGUCAGUGGUGGCGAGCGCAAACGAGUGAGCAUUGCGGAGGCCAUCCUCAGUGGUGCGCCACUUCAGUGCUGGGACAACAGCACCCGGGGACUGGACAGUGCCAACGCAUUGGAAUUUUGCAAGAAUCUGCAAUUGAUGAGCAAAUACGCCGGCACAACUGCCUGUGUUGCGAUAUAUCAAGCCUCUCAGAACGCAUACGAUGUCUUUGAUAAAGUUGUUGUACUCUAUGAAGGCCAUCAGAUCUACUUUGGUCCGACCAACGAAGCACGGCAGUUUUUUACUGAUAUGGGAUUUGACUGCCCGCAGAGACAGACCACUGCGGACUUUCUUACUUCAUUGACCAGUCCAAGCGAGCGAAGAGUGAAGCCUGGAUAUGAGGACAAAGUGCCUCGGACCCCGAUGGAGUUUGCAUCACGGUGGAAGAGCAGCCUGGAAUUUGGCAGGCUUUUACAGGAAAUUGAAGCAUUUGAUCAGGAAUAUCCUAUUGGAGGACAUUCCUUUACCGAGUUUGGAGAGGCACGUCGAUUGAUGCAGUCAAAGCAACAGCGUGCCAAAUCUCCCUACACACUAUCCGUAAUUGAACAGGUGAACCUGUGUCUAGUACGCGGCUUUCAGCGCCUUAAGGGUGAUGCCAGCUUGACCACGACUGCCAUCUUCGGGAAUUUUAUAAUCUCUCUGAUUCUAGGAAGUGUGUUUUAUGAUAUGCCUUCAGACACAUCCAGCUUCUAUUCUCGUGGAGUCCUUCUUUUCUACGCGGUAUUAAUGAGCGCAUUUAGUAGUGCACUCGAGAUUUUGACCCUCUACGCUCAACGUCCCAUUGUGGAAAAGCAAGCACGAUAUGCGUUUUACCAUCCAUUUGCAGAGGCCAUCGCAUCCAUGCUUUGCGAUCUUCCGUAUAAAAUCACCAAUUCAGUGACGUUCAAUCUACCUCUUUAUUUCUUGUCUCACUUGCGUCGAGAGCCGGGGCCUUUCUUUAUUUUUUGGCUUUUCUCUAUAGUGACGACAUUGACCAUGUCAAUGAUCUUUCGGUCCAUUGGCGCUGGCUCACGGUCAUUGGCCCAAGCCCUCGUGCCAGCGGCGAUACUCAUCCUGGGUCUAGUUAUUUAUACAGGCUUCAUCAUCCCAACACGUGAUAUGUUGGGCUGGUCAAGAUGGAUGAAUUACAUUGAUCCAAUUGCUUACGCCUUUGAAAGCUUUAUGGUCAAUGAGUUCGAUGGUCGAGAUUUUCCCUGCCUUUCAUUCAUUCCUUCAGGCCCGGGCUUUGAAAACAUCGAUCCUACCUAUCAAACCUGCAGCGCAGUUUCCUCUUCCCCAGGAUUACGGAGCAUCAGUGGAACUUCGUAUGUUGAGACAACGUACCAAUACACUCGUUCUCACUUAUGGCGGAAUCUCGGAAUUAUGAUCGGGUUCAUGGUUUUCUUCAUGUUCGUUUAUCUACUAGCCACUGAGCUUGUUUCUGAGGCUUUGUCGAAAGGGGAAGUCCUCAUAUUUCGCCGAGGUCAUCAGCCGAAAAAUACUCAAGAUACGGAGACGCCGUUAGACACGGGCUACAAAGAAGAUAGUCCGAUGGAAAGUUCUGCUAACAUACAACGACAAACCGCAAUCUUCCAAUGGCAGGAUUUGUGCUACGACAUCAAAAUCAAAGGGGAACCACGUCGGAUUUUGGAUAAUGUCAAUGGAUGGGUCAAACCUGGCACAGCCACGGCAUUGAUGGGUGUGUCUGGUGCGGGAAAGACAACAUUACUCGACGUACUUGCCACCAGAGUGACCAUGGGUGUUGUUUCCGGCGAGGUCUUGGUUAACGGCCAGCCACGUGACGAUUCAUUUCAGCGGAAAACUGGCUACGUUCAGCAACAGGAUGCCCAUUUACAAACCUCAACAGUUCGUGAAGCACUUCGGUUUAGUGCUCUGCUCAGACAGCCAGCACAUGUCAGCCGGCAAGAAAAAUUGGAUUACGUUGAAGAAGUGCUUGAUCUGCUUGGUAUGCAAUCUUAUGCAGAUGCGGUGGUUGGUGUUCCAGGAGAAGGUCUCAAUGUUGAGCAACGAAAGCGUUUAACAAUCGGUGUUGAACUAGCUGCCAAGCCGCAAUUACUACUUUUCCUCGAUGAACCAACGUCUGGACUAGAUAGUCAGACCUCGUGGUCAGUUCUAGACCUCAUCGAAACACUUACAAAACACGGGCAGGCCAUUCUCUGCACAAUUCAUCAGCCCUCCGCAAUGCUAUUUCAAAGGUUCGAUCGCCUCCUGUUUUUAGCAAAAGGAGGUAAAACUGUCUACUUCGGAGAGAUUGGCGAAAACUCUUCAACCCUCGCAAACUACUUCAUUUCAAACGGCGGCCAUGCGCUUUCGGCAGGCGAGAACCCUGCAGAAUGGAUGCUUGACGUUAUUGGGGCCGCCCCCGGUUCCCAUAGUGAAAUCGACUGGCCGGAAGUCUGGAAGAAUAGUCCCGAAAAGCAAGCUGUGUGUGAACAUCUGUCCGAAUUAAAAUCGACCCUAUCCCAGCGGCCCAAGGAAUCAAGCUCUCAGGAUGAUUACCGGGAAUUUGCCGCACCGACUUCCGUCCAAUUAAAGGAAUGUCUCUCUCGGGUUUUCUCGCAGUACUGGCGCACCCCGUCAUACAUCUAUUCCAAGCUUGUGUUGUCCAUCCUGACCGCGCUAUACAAUGGUUUUUCAUUCUUCAAAGCCAAAAACACACAGCAAGGCCUGCAGAACCAGAUGUUUAGCAUUUUCAUGCUGAUGACUAUCUUCGGCAAUUUAGUACAACAGAUCAUGCCAAACUUCAUCAUUCAGCGAUCGAUCUAUGAAGUACGCGAACGUCCCUCUAAGAUGUACUCCUGGCGUGUUUUCAUGGCUGCCAACAUUCUAGUGGAACUGCCGUGGAACUUGCUCGUGGCCAUAUUGAUGUACGUUUGUUGGUAUUAUCCGGUUGGACUGUAUCAGAAUGCCGAGCCAACAAACGCGGUUCAUGAACGGGGAGCCCUCAUGUUCCUGUUCCUGCUUACCUUCUUGUGGUUUACAUCUACCUUCGCACACAUGGUCAUCGCAGGUGUCGAGAACGCGGAAACAGGAGGCAACAUUGCGAAUCUUAUCUUUGUGCUUCUCCUUCUAUUUUGCGGUGUUGUCGCCACUCCCGAAGCUAUGCCCGGAUUUUGGAUCUUCAUGUAUCGCCUUUCGCCAUUCACUUACCUGGUUUCUGGAAUGUUAUCCACCGCGGUCAGCGGCGCAGAGGUCACAUGCGACUCUAUCGAAACGUUGACGGUCAAUCCACCUUCUAAUCAAACAUGCUACGAAUAUCUCGGUGCAUUUGCUGCAGCUAGUGGAGGGCGCGUUCAGAAUCCGAAUGCAACAAGCGAGUGUGCAUACUGCGCCAUGUCGGGGACGGAUACUUUCCUAGCAUCCAUUAGCAGUUACUGGGGGGAUGCAUGGCGGAACUUUGGUCUGAUGUGGGUUUACAUCGCCUUUAACAUCGUGGCUGCAAUUGGCGUAUACUGGCUAGCGCGGGUGCCCAAGGGGAGCAAGAAUAAAGGCAGUGUUUGAUUGUCAAUCACCAGGAACAGCAUUCCGCCGUAUGGAAGGCAUAGGGCUAUACUAGGAAAUAUGUGAGUGGCUUUGCUCGUCUUAGCAGUUCGUUCUUUCUUCCGAUUUUCCUUUUCUUUCUUUCAUUCCUUUCCUUCU